UAACAAUUCACGGAUUCCGUCUCUGUUUGAGGUCUAGGGUUUACAUCUGGGAGCCGCAGGAGAAUUGGAAGAAGAAGCCAAAUGGCCCCGAAGAAAGGAGUAAAAGUGGCUGCCAAGAAGAAGCCGGAGAAAGUUACCAACCCCUUGUUUGAGAAGCGUCCCAAGCAGUUUGGUAUUGGUGGGGCUUUGCCUCCCAAGAAAGAUCUGUCCCGAUACAUCAAGUGGCCAAAGGCUAUCCGCCUCCAAAGGCAGAAGCGUAUCCUCAAGCAGAGGUUGAAGGUCCCACCGGCAGUGAAUCAGUUUACCAAGACCCUCGACAAGAACCUUGCAACUAGCCUCUUCAAGCUUCUUCUGAAGUAUAGGCCCGAGGACAAGGCUGCCAAGAAGGAGCGGCUUCUCAAGAAAGCCCAGUCUGAGGCUGAAGGAAAACCAGUUGAAUCAAAGAAGCCAAUUGUUGUGAAGUAUGGACUUAACCAUGUGACAUACCUCAUUGAGCAGAACAAGGCACAGUUGGUUGUGAUUGCUCAUGAUGUGGACCCAAUUGAGUUGGUCGUCUGGUUGCCUGCUUUGUGCAGGAAAAUGGAAGUUCCUUACUGCAUUGUUAAGGGCAAAUCACGCUUAGGAGCGAUUGUUCAUAAGAAAACUGCGUCUUGCUUGUGUCUGACUACCGUGAAGAAUGAGGACAAGUUGGAAUUCAGCAAAAUCCUCGAGGCAAUCAAGGCGAACUUCAACGACAAAUAUGAUGAAUACCGAAAGAAAUGGGGUGGUGGCAUCAUGGGAUCGAAAUCGCAGGCCAAGACCAAGGCUAAGGAGAGGGUUCUUGCCAAGGAGGCUGCACAGAGGAUGAGCUAGAGGAGGUACUUACCUGGUUGAGUUCUUGUUCUUUCUUCUGCGCCUGACUCGGCUUUUGUUUUUGGCCAAUCUUUUAGCUUUUGAGUAAUUGGUUGAUGGUUUUGUUGUAUUGGGAUUUUGGAACACCCUUUCACUCUUUUGCUUAUAUUCUAAGAAAAAGAAAAAACCCCAAGCUCAAACAUUUCAGUUGA